AUGCCCAGACACCCCCGGGCCAACAGUGCAGAGCCACUCGAGCAAGAGCCCCCAAUACACCCACCACCCACAGCUCCCCACUGCCCAGACCCCAAGCCAAGCACCAGACCGCAGCCACAGCCAGGGAAGAAGACAUCCAAGCUGAAUCCACCCGUCCCCUCCCAUGGCCCAUCUUCCCCACACCAACAAUAUCAACAUAUCAACAAUGCCCGCGCCCACCCCAAACCCACCCAGGAGCAGCCAGACCACCAGGCCAGUAACUUGUGUUUGCUGACAGCCAGUAAUGCUCAGAAGCACAAGCAUCAGCUGGCCGCCUACACAUCACGGCCUUCGGCAAACAGGGAGCAGUUCUGUCAGUGGCCCUGUAAGUGUUCAGAGAGACCUUACUGUGCCCCGGGUGUGAGCGCUGUCUUGGACGGCUGUGGCUGCUGCAAGAGCUGCGCCAGUCAGAUCGGAGAGCCGUGCAAUGAGAGGGAUAUAUGUGACCCCCACAAGGGCAUGUACUGUAACUUCUCUGCUGACAAGCCAAAAUAUGAAGUCGGAGUGUGUGCCUAUAUGACGGCAGUUGGCUGUGACCUAAAUGGGGCUCACUAUGAGAAUGGAGACGCUUUCCAACCCAGCCCCCUCUACAAGUGCACAUGCAUUGGAGGAGCAAUUGGUUGUACACCUGUUUUCAUCCAGAAGCCUGCUGGACUCUUGGGUCCCAUCCCACUGAUGGGCAUCAGGCCAGCUGGCCUUCGCAGUGGUCAAAGCCCAAAGAAGCACCAGCAGGACACCACCUACAAACUAGGCUGGAAGAAGAACUGUUUGAUCCAGACCACCCCCUGGAGCCCCUGCUCUAAAACUUGUGGCCUGGGCAUCUCCACACGUGUCAACAACGACAACAACAAAUGUGAGAUGAGGAAAGACCGCCGCCUGUGCCUGCUGCAGCCAUGUCAGAAAAGCAUACUCAGGAGUGUUAAGCCACCAAAGGGAAAGACAUGCCGUCCAAAGUUCCAAGCGAAAAAGGCAGAGAAACUGACCCUCUCUGGCUGCACCAGCACCAAGAAGUUCAAACCUACGUACUGUGGUGUUUGUACAGACAAACGCUGCUGCAUCCCCAACAAGUCCCGCAUGAUCAAAGUGAACUUCUCCUGCAAAGGGGGGUUCAAAAUACAGUGGAAGAUGCAAUGGAUAAUAUCAUGUGUAUGUCAGAGAAAGUGCAAUGAUCCAGGUGACAUGUUUUCUGACCUGAGAUUGCUGUAAGGGAAUAUUCAGGCUGUCAAA